AUGCAAGAUGGUUGCAGAAUGUUGGAGAAGGAAAGAAUUUUACCCCUGACGGUAAUGACAUUGAAAUUCCUAUCGAUAUGUAUACCUAAUGUUAUGGGCAGUAUGGCAUUACUCACAGUACGUAAUUGUGACGCGAUAGAACUAAAUGAAAUGGUGUUGAAAAUGACGCCAGGGGAAUGUGUAGAACUCUAUGGUGUGGAUACCCCAGCGUGUGAAGACGAAGAUCUUGUGGGUAUGCCCUGUGACGACGAAGAAUUCAUCCAUCACUUGACUCCACCUGGUAGGCCUCAGUAUAAGCUGAAACUAAAAUGUGGUUCUAUGAUAAUGUUACUUCGAAAUGUCGAUGUGGAAGAACGUAUGUGCAACGGAACUCGCCUUGAAGUCCUGGCAUUCGUUUGCGAUAAUCGAAUGCUUCGUUGCAGAAACCUGUUAACUGGAAGAAUAACUCACAUCACUAGGAUGCCAUUGGACUAUGCAGAUGAAAACACAGGAAUAGCAUUUCGACGUUUCCAGUUUCCUGUGAGAUUGUCAUAUUGUACGACAAUAAACAAGAGUCAAGGCCGAACGUUUGACAUCAUAAUGGCAUCAUAAUG